CUCUCUCGCGACUCCACGAUGGUGCCUCUGCUCCUGUGUUUACUUGUGCUGUGCGGUGUGGACGCCAGACCCAGCAGUUGCCAGCAGUACUGCGAAACUACAAAAUCAAAAAGCUGGCCACUACCGGGUUGUAAAUGUAAUGCGAUGGACCGGACAAAGUCUAUGCGCUUGCCACGAGAAGAUCAGCUCGAGCCAUCCAGCAUCUACUACACGCCAGCGGAGCCAGAGCGGCCGCACCCCGCGCACCCCGCUGCUGCCCCCCUGCCCUUCUACAUCAUGAACCCGGGGAGGCGCGUCUACCACGGCCGCCUCAACGAGGUCGCCGUCAAACGAAUCGUUAAACCAACACCGAAACAUCACAUUAAGUUCCUUAACAACGGUUCGAUGAAAUACAGUAACCCCAUAAUCUUAAAGAAAGACAAUUAUGACACGAAUAUUGCAGAAAAUAAUAGUUUAGAAUGUCUAGAUUUACACAUUCUCGUACUCGCUCGUAAGGAUAGCAGUAAUAAUGCUGCCAAGCUCGUUACAGAGGAAAGAUUGAGAAAAUAUGAAGAUAUGUCCGAUUCUGACAUAAUAAUGGCUAUUCAAACGAAGUGUAAUCAACCAAUAGAAACAGUUGGUGAAAAUCUCCGUAAUUUUGACAAAGUGAAUCCAGAGGAAUUAGAUAAUGUUUUUAAUGGACCCGGUAAUAUGUUGUCCCUCAAUAAUGAAGAUGUGGAAGCAGUUACUGAUAUUACAUCCAUUCAGAAUAAAAAUGAAACACAAACAGAUAUUUUGAGUGAACCUGCCUCCGCCCACUCUUUAGAAACGAUAUCUGAAAUCACUAAUAUUCCGAUAGAAUAUAAAACACAAACAGAUUAUGCAGAGUAUAAAACUGUAACUGAAGAAAUUGCUCACCAUAAUAAUGUAAAUAGCCAUGAAAGUAUAUUCUCCACCCCAUCACUUAUAGAAGCUAAUAAUAACCAAAGUCAAAGUACUACUGAAAUUCAGCCAGUUGAGAAAAAAUAA